AUGCAAAAAUGCUGGACCGAUCAACCUUCAUGGAUAGCUGGAGUCAGCCCUACUUUGUCGGGCUCUGAGUGGUACCAAUUUCAAUGGCAAAACAAGUGGCGAGCUAUAGAUGCCCGUGUACAUGGGUUCGAAUCUCCUCAGGCAGCCGCAGCCGAUGCCGGUUGUGCAUACUCAGAAGCGCAACUGCCAGAUAAGCUGAUAGAAAAUGGGACAGACAGAUCCAGCAAACGUGGUAUGAAACCACAAUUCCUCUCCAUCCAUUUAAGCAGGCCAAUGCGCUGCCUGGCUCCUGGGCAAUGGGCAGCUUUCUUCGACAGGCAGGUGUGUUUGGGCGGCGCGAUGCUGAGAGGCUCCCUUAGCCUUUGGGACGAAGGCAUCAGGUCUCCUUACACAAGUUGGAGUCACUCAGACUUUGAGCUCACCUACGAAAAUGUUGCCCUUUGGAAUUGUCUCUAG